CACAGUGUGCAAGUCUGAAAGUGAAGUGCGGACAUUUGGAUUCAGCCUUAACCUCCGUUCUCCCCUCUGGUCCCGCAAGCUGUCAUUUCAGACGGGAUCAUUGUGUCCUCCUCCAGCCCAUUCGUCUUCAGUCACCCAGAUUUGCUGUUCUUGGUCAUGGAUGAUUUUGUUCGGAACAAAUUAACUGAAUGGGAUCUCAGUGAGUGGAUAGAAACAUUUCGAGCUCAACGCAUUGACAAGAAAAAUCUUUACUGUCUUGGUCAUCAAGAAAUCACUGACUUGAUCCCAAUAGUGGGACCCAGGGCAAGAUUCAAGAGAGAACUAGAGUUGUUAAAGGGGGAACAAAACACAACAAAUCCAGGAACAGUUGAUUCUCCUGCUCAAGUUCGUCCAUCCACCAGUGCUUCAAGUGAUAAAGUGAAGAGAAAGUUGGAUCUUCAGGGCGAGUCCAGCAAAUGGCAAUCACCAACCAGAAAAAAACGAUGUGAACCUAGACUGGGGUCAUACUCAGAAGGCAUUAUACUGUCUGAUGUGAAAAACAUAAUGGGAUUUGUCCAAAACACACUACCAGACCAAGACAACAAGCUCCUUCAGUUCCUCAAGAAGAAAAUUGGUGAUUUGGAGAUCGACAAGAGGGUACUGGUCGGUGUCUUUGGUAAAACCGGGGCUGGAAAGAGCACUCUGAUAAAUACCGUCAUUGGAGAGAAGAAUCUCUUGCCUAUUGGGAGGGUCAAAGCAUGUACCACAGUCAUGAUUAAAGUGAAGGCUAACAUGCUGAACCAAAAAUAUGAGGCAGAAAUUGAGUUCAUUACAAAAGAGGAGUGGAAAGAUGAGUUGUGGUCCUUGUUAAAUUUCCUUGGGGAUAAUGCUGAUCAGGAAGAUGAACAGGAAGGUGAUCAGGAAGAUGACGAGGAUCAGGACACUGUUGACAAGCUGUCAGCGCUGUAUGGAGAAGAAUGGAGAGACAAAACCCCUGAAAACCUCAUGGAAAACAAGUAUUUCAAAGAAGUUCCUGAAUUUCUCCAAUCAAAGAGAAAGCUUUUGACAUCUGAAUCAGCUGAAGAGCUAUCUGCAAUAUUAGUCAAAUACACAAGAAGUGAAUCAAGCGAUGGAGAAGGAAAAGAAGUAAAGAGGUGGUAUUGGCCCCUGGUGAAGUGUGUGACUGUGAGGGUGCCUAACAAUGAUCUUCUCCAGCAUGUCACACUUGUGGAUCUUCCUGGAAAUGGGGACCGUAACAAGAGCAGAGACAAGAUGUGGAAAGGGGUUGUUGGAAGUUGCUCUACUGUGUGGAUUGUGACUGAAAUGAAACGAGCAGCAGCAGAGGAUGAAGCCUGGGACAUCCUGAAAAAUACCUGUAGCCUCAUCGGAAAUGGUGGCGAGUGUCAGCACAUCCACUUUAUCUGCACCAAGUCUGAUGAAAUUGGAGUUUUGGAUGAUCGUUCAACAAAUGCUGUUCGUGCUCGCAUACUUCAAGACAACAUGCAAGCCAAGGACACAGUGAACAAAGAUUUCAGAAAACUCAAGGAGGUUAAGAAACAUUUCAGUGAUGAAUGUUUCAAAGUCUUCACAGUGAGCUCACAAGAGUUUCGUCAGCAACAACAUCUGACGCCAGAGGAAACUGAAAUACCCAGACUUCAGGAAUUCCUGCAAGAGCUCAAUGACUGUCACUCAGAGACAUUAAACUAUGUGUCAGGAGCUCAUGGGAUCCUCUCUCUGAUUCAAGGGGCCAGAAGUAGAGCAGGGGCUGACAGAAACACAGAUGUAUGCAGAGACCUGAAAGAAAAGAUGGAGCAGGAAAUUGAAAAAGUCAGACAGCCCAUGGAGAAGACUUAUGACACCUUUGAAAGAUGCCUCACUGAGGGGGUUGAAAAAUCCAAAAGUUCCUGGGACAGACUCUUGAAGUCGGUCUUAUAUCCUCCUAAAAUGAAUGGGAGCGCUUUUCACAGGAUACUGAAGUGUGUAGUUCAGAAUGGCGGCACUCACCAAAGAAAGAAAAAACCCCCAAUAAACCUCAAUAUGAAGUUAACUUCAUGCCUGACUGACAGCAUUGAUGAGGAAUUCAAGAAGACCUUCCCAAAUGAAGCAAAAUGUGGACCAUUCAACGGGAGCAUCAGCUCGUUUUCACUUGAAACAGAGAGGCUGAUGAGAGAGAAGCAAGAGUACAAAGAUGUCAAACUGCAACUGAUAUUUCUCAAGACAGAGGAAGAAAAAAUUAAGACAAAACUUGACAAAAUCAUCCGGGAGCAAAAGAAAAUGAUCUACAAGAGUCUGAUGGAGACAAUCGAGGAAAACAUGCAAGAAUGCUAUAAAAAAGCAGCAGAAAUUAGAGGAGGAGGCUCGCUGAAAAACAUGAAGAGAACUAUUGAGAACCAUGUACAAGAAUUAAAGGACAUCAUGUUUCAGAGGGCGAAAAAUGUUAUGUUGGAGCAUCUGGAACACUUGAUGGUGCUGAUCCUGGGGGAACUGAACACAAUGCAGGAAUCAAUCGAGCUGUCACUCAAUACAGAUGGUGACUCAAUCCCAGACGUUUCAGUGGAGCUCCAGAUGGUGAAGAACCACUAUGAUGAACUGAUGAAAAGCCCAAAUUAAGAAUCACCAUCGAUGCGUGCUGAUCCACCCAUCCCAGCAACCCAUUCAUGACGUGUGCAUAGGUUUGCUCAGUGGAGAGAAUCAGCAGAUGCCUGAUCACCCACUGAAGGUCCCUGUGGGCACACCGAUCCCUCAGAGACAUGACACCUCUGGAUUUGAUCUCAACCAUUUUUGUCAAGUUAUCGUAUCCCUGUUCUUUUUGAGUUUUUAAUGUACUUUGAGUUUGCUUGUUGUUGUGUAUUACAUGCAGAGAGACAUUUUUGCUUUCAAGUGAUUAUAGAUCAGAGGCAGAAAGAAAAUGUGGUGAGAAGGGUGGAGGGAGCUGGAUUCAAACCAGAGACGUUAGCCCCUUUUCCACCAAGCAGUACAGUAAAGUUCAGUUCAGUACGUGUUUUUUUAUCAUUUCCACUGUGAAAAGUUGUGGAUGGUACCAAUGGAACCGUUCUGUACCGUCCCCAUUUUUGGUCCCCCCUCUGUUGGGGUACCUAGCACACAGAUCUGGUACUAAAAGGUGGAGCUGUGAACACUGAAGUCUGUUGAUUGGUCAAUAGUGGACGGUCACCCUGCUCAGGGCUGAGUUGUGGCUGGUUUUGAAGCUCCUGUAACCACUGUUCAUACCGUGGAGAGUUUUAUUAGACUGUAACUAUAAAAUGAAAGCAUGUGUUGCUGCCUCUCGCAGCAGCUGGAAUCGGAGAAAAAAAUAACUUCAUUCACUAGGCCGACUACCGGCGACUUUUAAGGUGGAACAUUAAAGGCCCAAAGAUACUCGAGCGUACUAUAAGUGGACCGGACUCCGCGAGGAAUGUCUGCAGUCAUUCGGGCUUCCAUAGUCGAGUGCACUUCCGCAUUGUAGUUUCCUGUAAAAAUGUCCGUGAACAAUUCCUACGAUGUGAAAAAUACAUGCCGGGCAGUCACUGGUGCGUGGAGCGGUGGUAAAAUCUGAGCUUUGUGCGCACAGGGCUUGCGGACGUCCGCUUUGAGUCCGCGUGGACCUCCGCGGAGUCCGUUCAGCGUACGUUCCACCCGAGUAUGUUUGGGCCUUAACUUGUAAUGUUACUCAAUGCAUGAGCUGACGACUUGAAUCAACACACCUUAAAUGCCACUGUGACAACUUUGACCAUUACUUUAGUCUUUCUAUGACAUACACUUUUAGUAAUGAGUGGAUCUUCAAAUGUUUAUAUGUAUUAAUUUUGGUGGGGUUAUGUGACAGAAUAUAUCCCAAUCCUCACUCUGAGAUAAAAAGCAUUGUGGAGCGUUGUUCCUGUGGGCUCCAGCAACACUAAACCCCUGAGCUUGCCUGAGAAGGACUAAAUACACAAACCCGCUAUUUUUAAAUAUCCCUUGGAGCGAGACUCUCACUGCAGCCUGUUUUAUUUUGUUCUGAAAAUGUCAGUGUGCAGCCUCGUUCUGUGGACGAUAAAGUAGGUGCAGACAUCCAUCUGUGUCAAUGGAAAUACAGUGAGUGCUGGACGGAGCAGUGAGUGACAACAACCCCGCCCACAUUUAAGAGUACUGUUUGCAGUUGACACUCUAGGGUCUAGGUACCAUGUCUGAAGGGUUACUUUGGUUCCAAAGAUACUAAACUGAAAGUGUUUGGUGGAAACGGGGCUAUAGUGGUUUUUAUGGUGCGGGUCUAACCCACCAGUGUACUAUGAUCUCCCAGAGACUUUUUGUUUUUCACAAUUAAACAUGUUUUUCUUCUUUUUGAAUAUGUGCAUGUUUUUUCCAUGUUUUUUUAAAAAUUAUAUUUGUUUAACGUUGAAUGAUUUUAACGAUAUUUUGGGUGUCUCACUUAAACCUUGAACCUUCAUUACAGUACAUGCUGUGAGUUAGAUCUGACACAGACUUUUCAAAGAGUGAUCUUGAUGUUUUUCUUUCAUGUUCAAGGACAAAACUGUUGCUUACUGCAAAAUAAUGAUUUGUGUAUGUCUUCAUUCAUAUAUAAGAAGUAGAGAGAACUAGUUUAGAUUAUAGUCAUAAACUAGCGUAUUUGGCUUUUUGUUAUUUACUCAACAACUGCUCUGUUUUAAUCCACAUUGAUUUUAAAUGCAUAAAUGUGUGUGAUAUGGUAUACUGUCUAAUACACCUCAAUAAAGUUUUGUUUUGUGAAUGCCA